AUGCACCUGGAGGACGCGUUAUACAAGAAGGCUGAAAUAGAAGAGUUUCUCAGGACUCUUGCCGAUGCACACCAGAGCAUACUGUUCAACGACAGCGAUACGGCAGAUCUGGAUAGGGUGAGGAGAGACAUCCGGAUUUGUUUCAAUGACUUGUGCCUUCUGAACGGUAUAAUAACAAGCUCAAACGAAAAUGGGAGCAUCAAAAGAGAGCUCGCAAGACUUGAAAGCCUCGGAAGCAAGCUUUCGAAGCUUUUGGAUAAAAGGACAGUUAUCGAACAAAAACAGCGGCAGUGGAAAGCCCUCGUAGAACACAAGCGAGAUUGGACCGAUUUUAAAAAAUCCGACACUCUGACUUUGAAAGCCAAUUACCAUGAACUUUUAAACUUUUAUGUCGACAAAGUUGGAAUCGAGAAGACGUCUUUAUGGGAUAAGGAGAGCGAUCAUGGCGAAUUGACCGAGGCAAGAGCAGAGUUUGAGACCAAAGAAUUGUUAGAUAGGUAUUCUCUUUUGAGUCUUUGCCAAAGCGAGGUGGAUAGGGAGAUUACGCAACUUGAGGCGAUACUUGCGACUUUUAAAAAAGAUCAAAGCUUCAUAACGGAGGAACGGAAGAGGACCAAAUCACGAGUGAAUUCCAUAGGAUCCCAAUUUCAAGAAGAUUUGAAUGCUGUAAAUGUUUCAAUCGACAAAAUUCUCAAUAAAUUGGGACUUAGCGACGAGCAAGCCGGGAGGGCUUUAAGGCCAGCUUUGUUAGCGCUUAUCACUCGAAGUAAGGAAAGCACAGCCGUCCCUACUCCAAAAGACAUCGAGAGCAGGAUUUCCGCUGCUCAGACACUUUUGAAAGUCCAAAAAGAUGCACUUAAGGCAGAUGUUACGCAAUACAAGAAAGAUUUGAAUCGCUCUGAACACAGCCGGAAUCUCUGGGACAACGCGCUAAGCAAAAUACAAGAACUUGAGCGGGUAUCGAAAGUGAAAAUAAGCUCAGGAUCAGAUCCGUCUUUGUCGGAGCUUAUGAUACCAAUGGAUAUUACAAUUACUGAACUAAGCGGAAUCUUAUCAGAAGCAAAAUCAGAUAUUCUGACAAAAUGUCUUGAGAACGAAAAAGAGGUUCUAGUGCAAGCUCGACAGCAAAUUGGAUCCAGAGAUAUAUCCGUACCCAAACAUGCCGUGAGGGCGAAAAGUCCUUCGUUUCUGAGUGGAACUUCGCCGCCAAAGACAGGCCUUAAUCGAGACUUCAUCCCAAUUACAAGCCAGAUGUCAUUUCAAUCAGGGAACUCUACCACUAAUGUAGGAAAAUUAAAGAAAGAAGAUUAG